AUUUGCGGAAUCAUCAACCAGAACAUUCAACAUUCAAAGACUUGCGAUGUAAGCAGGCAACCGUGCAUUUCGGUCUUUGUAUAACGUUCUUGAAGCUGGUAAAUAAAAGAGCAAUCGCUUCGUCACAUCACUCUUUCGGUCGGAUCCCUUCCCACCACUCCCUUCUGGGUAACCUCCUUAGCCAUAUCACGCUUUUGCCAUCAACAUGUCGUCCAGGCCAGAACUGAAGGUCGACGACGAACAUGGCUUUAUCCGUUAUUUCAAGUCUCUACCCACCGUCCACGAAGAUACUGUCAGGAUAUUUGAUCGAGGGGAUUGGUACACGGCACAUGGAGAAGAUGCCACCUUCAUUGCAAAGACAGUCUACAAGACAACCUCGGUCAUUCGCCAGCUAGGACGCGGCGACAAGUCGGGGCUUGCUUCCGUUACUAUGACCGUAACAGUGUUCCGACAAUUUCUCAGAGAAGCUCUAUUCAAGCUCAGCAAACGGGUCGAGAUAUACCAGAGCUUAGGUGGUCGGAUGAACUGGAAAGUCGUCAAGCAAGCAUCACCAGGAAAUCUCCAGGAUGUCGAAGAAGAGUUGGGCGGACAGUUCGAGGCCGCACCCAUGAUUCUGGCCGUCAAGGUCAUGUCCAAGGCGGCUGAGGCCCGGAGUGUCGGCGUGUGUUUUGCUGACGCAAGCGUGCGGGAACUGGGCGUCAGCGAAUUCCUCGACAACGACCUCUACUCCAAUUUUGAGUCCCUGCUCAUUCAGCUUGGUGUUCGGGAAUGCCUCAUCCAGGUAGACAGGGGAGAGAAGGAAAAAGACCCGGACCUGGCAAAGCUGAGGCAGAUCAUUGACAACUGCGGCGUGGCCAUCUCUGAGCGGCCGGCUUCCGACUUUGGCAUCAAGGAUAUCGAGCAAGACUUAGCCCGGCUCCUGAAGGACGAGAAGGCCGCGACCCUUAUGCCGCAGACCGAUCUUAAUCUAGCCAUGGGCUCCGCCGCCGCCCUCAUCAAGUAUCUCGGCGUGCUGCAUGACCCCUCCAAUUUCGGACAGUACCAGCUAUACCAGCACGAUCUCGCCCAGUUCAUGAAAUUGGAUGCCGCGGCUCUCAAAGCCCUUAACCUCAUGCCGGGACCUCGCGAUGGGUCCAAGACGAUGAGUCUCUACGGUCUACUCAAUCACUGCAAAACUCCUCUCGGCAGUCGGUUGUUGUCGCAGUGGCUGAAGCAGCCCCUCAUGUGCAAGGAGGACAUCGAAAAGCGCCAACAGCUCGUCGAGGCCUUCGUUAACGACACCGAACUUCGUCAAGUCAUGCAGGAGGAGCACCUCCGCUCGAUCCCCGACCUCUAUCGGCUGGCCAAGCGUUUUCAACGGAAAAGGGCGAACCUGGAGGACGUGGUCAGGGCCUACCAGGUCAUCAUUCGUCUUCCUGGUCUUCUAGGCACGCUAGAGGGAGUCAUGGACGAAACAUACCGCGAUCCGCUGGACGAGGCGUACACGAUUAAGCUUCGUGAACUCUGUGACGGCUUCGCGAAACUACAAGAGAUGGUCGAGACCACCGUCGACCUCGAUGCCCUCGAUAGGCACGAAUACGUUAUCAAGCCUGAAUUUGAUGACAGCCUGAGGAUUAUCCGGAAGAAACUGGAUAGGACCAAGAGGGAGAUUGACGAAGAAUUCGACAAGGCGGCCCGGGAUUUAGGGCAGGAGAAGGACAAGAAGAUCUUCCUCGAAAACCACAAGGUCCACGGCUACUGCCUGCGACUAACAAGAACCGAGGCAGGCUGUAUCCGAAAUAAAUCAGCAUAUCAGGAAUGCCAAACCCUCAAGAACGGCGUCUACUUCACGACUAGGAAUCUGCAGAGUCUUCGCCGGGAGUUUGACCAACAGUCACAGAACUACAACAGGACCCAGGCCAGCUUGGUAAACGAGGUUGUUGGCGUGGCCGCGUCCUACUGCCCCGUGAUGGAGAAGCUCGCUGCUGUUAUCGCCCAUCUCGACGUGAUCGUCUCCUUCGCGCAUUGUUCGGUCCAUGCACCAACGACCUACGUACGACCCAAGAUGCAUGACCAGGGCGAGGGACAGACUAUCCUGAGAGAGGCCCGUCAUCCCUGCUUGGAGAUGCAGGACGACGUGCAGUUCAUCACGAACGAUGUCGAGCUCACGAGAGAUCGUUCUUCCUUCCUCAUCAUCACCGGUCCCAACAUGGGCGGUAAAUCAACAUACAUCCGACAGAUCGGAGUCAUAGCCCUCAUGGCGCAGAUCGGCUGCUUUGUACCUUGCACCGAAGCCGAGUUGACCAUUUUCGACUCGAUUCUGGCUCGCGUCGGUGCUAGCGACUCCCAGCUGAAGGGUGUUUCAACUUUUAUGGCCGAGAUGUUGGAGACGGCCAACAUCCUCAAAUCGGCGACAGCCUCGUCCCUAAUCAUCAUCGACGAACUCGGUCGCGGCACGUCGACUUAUGAUGGCUUCGGUCUCGCCUGGGCCAUUUCCGAGCAUAUCGUGAGAGAGAUUGGCUGUUUCGCCAUGUUUGCGACGCAUUUCCACGAGCUCACGGCCCUGGCGGAUCAGUUUCCGCAGGUGAAGAACCUGCACGUCACGGCACACAUUAGCAAGAGCGAAGGUGGCGAGCAGGACGCCAAACGGGAGGUGACGCUCCUGUACAAGGUCGAGGACGGUAUCUGCGAUCAGAGUUUCGGUAUCCAUGUCGCGGAGUUGGUGCGAUUCCCGGAGAAAGUGGUGCGCAUGGCGAAGCACAAGGCGGACGAGCUCGAGGACUUUACGACUAAGCACCAGGACGUGGGACUGAAGUAUAGUAAGAGCGACGUCGAGGAAGGCAGCACCAUGCUGAAAGACAUCUUGGUCAGGUGGAAAAACGAGGUCGACACCGGGGCAAUGAGCAAGCAGGAAAUGGUGCAGAAGAUGAGGGAACUCGUCAUGGCGGACGAUAAGCUGCUUGCCAACCCCUUCUUUCAAUCGAUUAAGACACUGUAAUUGUAUGUACAAAAGUAAGCAUUAUGGUUCAGGCGAGGUCUGCAACUAUCGGCUGCAUCUUAUGGUCGAAACAAUGUCGACACAGUGGGAUGGGAUUUCUUGGACUGGCGUUUGGGACCGAGAUGAGGAAUUUGACGGCCCGACAGAUGUGGUAAUAUCACACGGGCCAGUAACACGUCCUGACUAAGAGAAUACACAAC